AUGGCAAGGGAUUUCGAUAUUCUACUCCUGGGUUCCAUCCCAGCCUUGAUCCUUCUCCACCUCUUAGUUUCCCCAUACACCAAGGUCGAAGAGUCCUUUCAUGUGCAGGCGAUCCAUGAUAUUGUGACUUAUGGCAUUCCUUCUGGAAACGCCACUGUAUUUUUCCAGAAACAUUAUGACCAUUUCUCCUUCCCGGGAGCUGUUCCCCGGACAUUCGUUGGAGCAUUGGCCCUGUCGGGCAUUUCGCGGCCGUUUAUAUGGUUGAAUGAGAAUGUCGAUAAGCAGUUUCUCGCACGAGGAUUAUUGGGCCUCUUCAAUGCCUACGCCUUGCUUACCUAUGCCUCUGGUGUGCGUCGAGCAUUUGGCAACACUGCGGCCACUUGGUAUCUCCUGUUCCAGGCGAGCCAAUUCCAUGUGAUAUACUAUGCGUCGCGAACGUUGUCGAAUAUGUUUGCUUUUGGUAUCACCACGCUGGCGUUGGGAUACCUUCUUCCUGAACCUAUCCCCCCAGAGCAGUACCGCAAGAGAGCCCGUCUUGCCCUGUACCUCUUAACGAUUUCGGGGAUCAUCUUCCGCUCUGAGAUCGCAAUCCUCCUCGGUGUCCAGACUAUUUUUCUCUUCCUCACCGGCCGCAUCAGGAUCCGCCAGGAGAUCGUCCCUGCUGGGUUGUGCGGGUUGCUGAUCGGUCUGACCAUCACAGUCGGGAUCGAUUCGUUCUUCUGGCAGCAGUACCCCAUGUGGCCGGAAUUUGAAGCUUUCAAAUUCAACGUCAUUUCAGGUCAGGCCUCUGCCUGGGGCACCCAUCCAUGGCAUUUCUAUUUCACCAGCGCGCUUCCGCGGCUUCUCCUCAACCCCAUGACCUAUGUCGUUUGCAUCCCGUUCUCAGUCCUUCAUCCUUCAAUCCGCUCUUCAUCUCUCUAUGUACUCCUGCCUUCCCUCAUCUACAUCGCUAUCUACAGCUUCCAACCCCACAAGGAAUGGCGCUUCAUCGUCUACGCCGUCCCUCCCCUAACCACCGCCGCCGCCAUCGGGUCCUCAUAUAUCUGGACGCACAGAGCCAAAACCCUCAUAUACCGCAUCCAAUGCAUACUCCUCAUCCUCUCCACCCUCUUCGCCUUCACCAUCUCCAACCUCGUCCUCCUCCCCGCCUCCUCCGCAAACUACCCCGGGGCCCACGCCCUGAACGCACUUCACAAACACGCCCACAACUCCCAACAGGUGAUAAACGUCCACCUAGGCAAUCUAGCCUGCCAAACAGGCGUGACACGUUUCCUCGAAAUGCCCCCUCCAGCAUCUCCCCUCUUUACCCUCCCGGGCUCCCCAGAUGGAUCAAUCCCAUCUCUCCGCAGCGGCAGCACCCGGUGGAUCUACGACAAGACAGAAGACAAACAACGCAAAGAGAAGCGCAGCUUCUGGAGUCUGAUCGACUAUGCCCUCGUCGAACCACACGAGGAACGUCGUGUGAUGGCUAGUUCCAGAGACGGAGAUAAAUGGCGCGUUGUCGAUGUCGUAGAUGGGUUCGCGGGAGUGAGGGUGUUACGGCCCGGUCAAGCUCCUGAAGGUCAUGUGGAAGAUGAUAUCGUUAGGUAUGUUUUGGGUGAUGAGGGGGUUAAAUGCUGGAAUCGGGUACGGGGAAUGCUGCGGAAGUACGUGACGAGGGGAUGGUGGGUUGAAGUGAGGAUGGAGCCGAAGAUUACGAUUAUGAAACAUGUACGAUAG